AUGGAUUUUCGUCAGUUGGCUUCGAUUUGCCGAGCGGUUCACAAGUUCCUGUGUGUCGAUAAAAAUAAUUGUGCUUGUGUUUUUUUUUUUGUAUGAAAGUGAUAUUAUUUUUAUGCCAACCGUGACAGAUAUAUCAGGAGCUAACAACGUGUAUCCACCGACGAUGGCGUCCGACCAGGAGUCCUGUUCUGACGAGGAGCCUGAUAGUGAGAUGCUGAGCGACGACCUCUGUCUACCUGACAGCGAUGAUGAUCGGCAGUCCACCAGAAAUAUUCAAAGUCUACCAGAAGACAUGCCAUCAAUAAACUCCUGUCUGCUCCGCCCUCCACGGAAGCUGUUCACCAACUGUCGGGAGCGGUGGCGGCAGCAGAAUGUGAGCGGUGCCUUCGCAGAACUAAGGAGGUUGGUGCCCACACACCCGCCCGACAAGAAACUGUCCAAGAAUGAAAUACUGAGGAUGGCUAUCAGGUACAUCGGACUUCUCUGCGAAGUUCUAGAAUGGCAAAAGUCCCACGGGCUAUCAAUGAACAAAGAAAACUCAGCGAGUCUCGCGAUCAAAUGCGAAUCUCCCUUAAGCCCCCAAUCUAGGAGGCUGCGGCUCAAAAGACCAUAUUUUAGCGAAGAAGAUUGUCCGAGAGCAAAAAUCUUUCAUGAGACAAAUGAAUAUCAGAGGUAUGGCAAUGAGGAGAAUGAAGAAGUUAAGAGAGGGUAUCAGAGACCCAUCGCCAAUAGAACAGAAUUCUACUUCGGGAAGGAGCAUUUAAGAGUUUUAAGGAAUCAGUUCUACUUUCCUCCGAGAUGGCGACAGAACAUGCCGUUCAGGAAUUUGGCGGAUCGUAAUGGAAAUAAUUUGCUGAUGAUAGCUCCUGCCCAGAAUGGGAAGGAAGACCAUGAUGGUAAGAUGCAGAACGGACAUGGGAGCAAAGAAAAGAAUGAUAAAGAUAACAAGUGAAGAGUUUCAUCAGAAGGAGAUUAGUGGUUUAGUUUAUAUUCAAAUUGCUGUUUGAAUUUUAUCACGGAAUGUUUUGGGACGUGUUUAGUAGAAGGUAGUUGAAACGAUGCUCUGGUCUUUAGCUGUUUAGGAAGGUCACAUCACGGGCAUGUAUUUACUAUUUUGAGUAAAAACUGUUUUAUUAUUUCCCAUUCUUAAGUUUAGGUUAGAAAUAUCUAUUGUGUUGAUUUUAAUCUACAAUUUAGAAAUAAGUCGGGUUUUCCUUCCUGACGCUAUAACUCCAGAACGCACGAACCGAUUUCCACAGUUUUGCAUUCGUUGGAAAGGUCUAGGACUCCAUGAGGUUUAUAGCAGAGAAAAUGUAGGAAAAAAAACAAGAGAAAAGCCCAUCUGGUAGCGAAACGGAGUUCGCCGGGGUUUGCUAGUAUUGAUUAUAUACUUACUCCGAUUUCAAUUAAAACUUUUCACUAUUUACUUACCAUCGGGUGAUUCAUCUGCUCGUUUGCCCCUUAUCCCAUAAAAAAAUAGUUGUAUAUAAGUAGGUGUUGUAAUGUAUCUUUAUUAAAUUAGUCCCACCGUAUGCGUGCCAUAUUAUGACAUUAAUUUUAGCUUUAUUUUAAUGUUUCGUCAGUUAUUUUUUUUAAUUAGAUCUGAAUGUUAUAUUUGUGUAAUUUAAUCUUAAAUAUUUUAUUUUGAUAAGUGUAUAAAUAAAUUAAUAAAUAAAUGCGUUUUUUUUAUUAUUUUUUUAAUCUUUCUUGUAUUUUGUGGAAUAAUACGGUAGUUGACAACUGCUCAAAUUUAAUACUAUUGUUGAUAUGCCAAAAACUAUACUUUUCAAUGAAUGUUCAAUGAUAUAUCAACGAUGACGUCGUUGUCAUCGUAUUAUUUGCUUCAAAUAACACUGUUAUUUCUGAAAAAAAUCGCUAGAAUAAAUCGAAAAUUACAUAUAUCGUCAAAUCGAUGAAUGAAGAAAGUAUGCUUAGUUUGUAUUGUGUUACUGUGUUGAAAAAUCUUAAUAUUAUGUUAUCUUUGACCUGGGAAACCAAAACCACUCAAUAUCGAUGUCAAUAAAAUUUUUGAGUAAGACUUUAAAAUCAAAUCAAUAUC